CCCGGUACCUAAACUACUCUUAACUACAUUGUAAUCAAGAUAUAAUACAAUUAAGAAAAUAGUUGGUAGAGACUUUUAUUCUGUAAUAUCGGGAGGAAAUAGCCAAUUUGUCCAACACCAUGUUGGAAUCACUUCGUUUGAACUUUAUGCUGAGUUUAUUUUCGUCGGUUUUUAAUAGCAGCCUUUUACGAAAAUGACUUUAUUGAGUGUUUAUUGAAGUGUGACGGAUAGUGAUUGAUUGUUAUUUUGGAAUACUAUUAAUAGUGCAAGGUGACGUCCUUAUAUACAUCUACUAACUAAUGUAAAACAAUUGUUAUAUGCCGGGAUUUUAAUAAGUUUGACAUUUAAAAACUUACGGCGGUUGUGAAAUAGUUGCGCAUAUUUUGUUUAAUAAGUGAAUGUUAAGAAUAAACAUUUAAAAACAAAGUGGAAAAUAGUAUUGAAUAUUUUUCUACCUAAUCAAAAUAUUAGCGAUUCAAUUACAUGUGAGCCGGUGAAUAUGGUAUAGCCGGCAAGGUGGGUCGAAGAGAGUAUGGCCAGAGUGCGGUUGUUCAGAUGGACUUGGGUUUGGGCUUGGACUGCGUUAGCUGGACUGUGCGCUCUGGCCGCAACAGAGAGUCAACAGCAAUGUCCCCCGAUAGCAGAAAUCUCCCCGUGCUCCUGUACGGUCAAAAAGAAUGGCCUGGACAUCCUCUGCGAGUUCACCGAUCAACAACACAUUAACGACGCCAUGGGAAAACUCAAAGGAAAAUCUCUGACCAUUUUUUAUUUGAAGUUGAGACACAACAACCUGCGAAAAUUAACCGGUUUUAUUUUCCUCGGUCUGGACAUCAGACAUCUCACUAUACACAAUAGCAGUUUGUCGGUUGUGGAAGAAGCCUCACUCAGCUCGAUCGGUAAAAUGCUAACCCAACUGGAUGUAUCUCAGAACAGCUUAACCACCGUUCCAUCAGCUGCAUUUAAAAAUCUCCACCAAUUACUUAUUUUGAACAUGAACCACAAUAAAGUAACCAGUUUGCACGCGAAAGCUUUUGAGGGCUUAGACACGUUGGAAAUACUGACGUUGUAUGAGAAUAAGAUCACCAAUAUCGAUACCGAAGCUUUCGUGGGGCUUGAGAAAAAACUAAAACGAUUAAAUUUGGGGGCAAAUGGUUUAACGAAAGUGCCACAACCAUCCCUCGCAAUACUGGAUAUGCUUAAGAAAUUGGAAAUGCAGGAGAACAGAAUUAGUGAUAUCAAAGAGGGAGAUUUUGAAGGUCUAAAGAAUUUAGAUUCAUUAGGAUUAGCCCACAACAAAUUGAAGAAGGUACCAGCAAAGGUUUUCUCGCACCUGACGAUGUUGAAUUCCCUUGAAUUGGAUGGAAACAACAUCGACACGAUUGAUCCGAAGGCUUUUGUAGGACUGGAAGGUAAUCUCCAAUAUCUACGUCUAGGUGAUAACAACAUCCACACAAUUCCAACUGAUGCAUUAAAAGAACUGCACCGUUUGCGUCAUUUGGACUUAAGAUCUAACAACAUCACGUAUAUCGCUGAAGACGCUUUUUCGGGAUAUGGAGAUUCGAUAACCUUCCUUAAUUUGCAGAAAAAUGAUAUUCGAGUGUUAAGUGGAAUGGUAUUCGAGAAUCUAAAUUCUCUGGAAACGCUUAAUUUGCAGAAUAAUAAAUUAAUGCAUGUUCCAGAAGAUGUUAUGGACCCGGUUCUAGAUACUUUACGAGUUGUUGAUAUAAUGGAUAACCCACUGCUCUGCGAUUGCGAACUGCAAUGGUAUAAGAACUGGCUGCGCAAUCUAAAGGACAAAGACGACGAUCUAAUGCAAAAGAAACGAACAGUUUGUACGAUGCAACACGAACACAGAGAAUACAGUCUCCAGAGUCUACCUCUAGACAAAAUGAAGUGUGUCAUCAAAAGCUACGAUCUGAGUUCCAACAGCGUCACAGCCAUCCAGCCCUUCGGUUUGGAAAUUUCGGCCAGCACCCUUAUAUGUGUGGUAGCUAGAUAUAUUCAACCAUAGAUAGAAUUUAGACACCAUAGAACUUAAAAAGAUGGUUUUGUUAUUAAGUUUUGGAGAAAUAUUUAGUCGAUAAAUGUUUUAUAGAAAACAGUAUAGAAUUAUAAUAAGUUGCAGUUUAGAUAGCGUGUACGUUGCCUUGUUGUUAAACAGCUUCUUUGCUCUAACGACUUGGUGUUAUUCACAGUAGUCAAUUUUUGUGCAAACAACGUAGGCGAUUAGAAAAUAUUUUAGAAUUUGUCGAAUAUUGUUGGCUACAGCAUUACAGUUUUUGGUACAUAGACAAUUUGUCAAUUAUUCUUAAGAAAAUGAUUCUAUAAAAGAACAUUGUGGUACCAGUGUAGCCAAUAAUACGACCAGAACAGUAUAGAAUGGCAAAUUAAAAAUUUGAUAAAUAUUACGAAUCAAAAAUAGUCUGAUGAAAGCUACAAGACAGUAUAUAAAUAAACAAGUUUGACAAAAGCAAUACAGGUAAAAUUUGCCAUUCCAUUUUGUAUUUUAUAUAAAAGUACUAAGGUUCUUUAUCCUAUAUAUUUACUGAAAAUUAAAAAAUAGCGUACCACUCCUCGCUAUAUGAUUGUGUCUCUUGCAAUAAAUAUAUGGGGGAAACCGAAGUAUUAUUGUAUACAUAUCAUAUCGUAGACUUUACUGGAAUACUAAGGGUAGUGAUAAACAUCCACCAUUACCUAUUUUGUCCCUUUUCACUCUAUAACACGUUCAAAAAUUGACACUCUACUAUUUAUAAAAAAGAUAUCUUGUCUUUCUAGUGACUAUGCAUUUAUAUCAACUUGUCUUCAAAUAUUCUUGUCUUGUAACAUUUUUAUGCCAUAUGUCAUAUGCCAUAUUAUGUCAUAUUAUGUCAUAUGCCAUAUGUCAUAAGCCAUGUGUCAUAUGCCAUGUGUAAUAUGCCAUGUGUCAUAUGCUAUGUGUUAUAUUAUUUUGAGAGGUAUUAUUAUUCGAGGUUUUUUUCUAUUUUUUUCUCAUUUGAAGCGUGAAUUAAGGAUCAGAAUAAAGUAUCUAUAUUAAUAUAUAAUGCUCUAGUUCCCGGGUUUAUAAGUAUUUUGUUGCUUCUGCGCAAACAUUGUCAGCAGCGAUGCAGCAAAAGUUUGCGUCAGCUAUUCUUCUUGAUUUUUUCAGUGCAGCGCAUGCUUGGUUUAUAUUUCUGAUUGUAUUUUCACGUUGCAUAGUCAUAAACAUUGGAAAUAAAGAUAUCCCCAAAAGUCAGAUGUCAUUUUUGGACUCCUUUCAUGUAUAGUUUUGUCUUUAACAUUUUCUCUAAAAAUCUCGAUGUUUACAAUCCAUAUAUCUACUUAGUGUACGUGUGUGUGAAAAUAUUUAACCUUUUCUUCGGUUUUAUUAAGUUUUACAUCAUUCAAGUCGCGUAUCAAACCUAAAUUUGGGACAAUUGGCCUACAUAUCAGGUGGACGAGAGGAUCUUAUCAUAUGUGCCGCAAUAUUUUAUAGAGUUUAAGUCAUUUGAUAAAAGAUUAGAGUUAAGAACUAUCCAAGGAAUCUGCGAGACAGCAGAUUUUUAAAAAAAUCUACAGGUUCUUUAGGUAGAGUUCGUUUGUCACAAGAGUUUUGAAUUGCCAGUGUAUAUCCUUUUUAUUAUUUUGUAAUAUACAGUGGCAAUUCUGUAUAAGAUUAAUUGUAAAAAUUGCAUAAAUAUUAGUCAAUAUAUGAGCUUGAUCUAAUAUUACUAAUUAUUUUCGAGGAAAGCAUAAGAAUUUUAUCGUAGGUAAGUUUAAUAUUACAAUGGUAAAUAAUAGUAUAUACUUUUAAAGCACUUAAGUGUUAUCACAUUCCUACUUCAUGCAAAUUGAUCUAAAUUAGGUUUAGUGUUAAGAUAUUUCACGAAUACUCACAUCAGCUACAAAAAUUGUAUAUGAAUAUUUGUAGAACGACAUAUGAAAACUAAAUACAGACUUUAUCUAAAUAUUUAUUUUAUAUACGUACAUACGAUUUCAAAAUCCCUUAUGAUAUUUUUAAUAAUGUUGUUUAAAAAAUUUAUAAUAUACCAUUUGAAAAUCUGUGGCACGCUUGCAAUCUAUGGAAAUCUUAUAAUAUAUUUAAAUGAGUUGAAAAAAUGACUUACCACAGAUUGUGCGUUUUUUCACUACUCUAAAACGUAUAAAUUGACAUCAGCGACCAUUACGACAACAAAUUAAAAAAUUAAAUAAAAUCGUGGUAUUCGAUUAUUUAUCCCUUUCGAACCGGUCGUAAUAUAAGAGCUUAUGUGCUUAAGAGACUGCAGCUGUUACACAUUUUUACAACUAGAUUAAACACACUCUAGUUAAUGAUAUAAACACAAAAAAAAUAAUGUCGUUCAGUACAGCGCUGUCCAAAUUUUUUAGAGCUAGAAAAUUAUACUUUUUUCCUUCAAGACCUAUACCAGCUCAGUAACCUAAGAAAUGUACGAAACUACCGCUGGUACUGUGCGCAGAAAAAAAAGAUAAGUAUAUUCCUUAUGGAAUAAAUUAGCUAGAUUGGCUAGAGUCGCUAGAGGUUUCGAGUUUCGAGUUUCGAAAUUAUGCAAUGAUAAUUUUACUCUACAAUAAAAAUGGAACAGAAAUUCGUAAAAUACAAGCUCUAUAUAUUAUUACUUACACAUUUAUAUUCUUUAUGAUAUUAUAUUAUAUGUAAUUUCCUAAAUUUAAACUUCAAUGAUAACAAAUAUGUUGUUUAUAAUAGCGGUAUAAACUUAUAGUAAAUAAAUUAUAAUAAAUUAUAGAGCUAUACAAUCAUGGUCAUUUUGCAAUGUAAGAGGAUUGCUGUGCAACCUCUGUGCAACCAUAUGCUGUGCAACCUAUUAACAAUAUACCUAUACCUAUGGAACAAAAUUAGGGAAUAUGGGUUAAAACAGAUUAAACAGACAAAAGUUUUUUUAAUGUUCAUAUUUUUAUUUUUCAUAUGUCGUUCAUUUUAGUCCAACCUAGGAUCUAAAUAUACAGGGUAAAUGUUACUUUUCAUAAUAUUAAUAUUAAAAAAUUACAUUAACGAAUUAUUUUUGAAGAAACUUUUAGAUCGCAUCAAAUGAAGGUAAUUCUUCUAUAUAUGAUUUGCUGAGUUUUUAGUGCCCUGUAUGUUGUAGCAAUAUUUACUCCUCCGGGGUCAUAUAACCUAAACAUAUCACGUGAAAAUCAUCUAUCUGAGAUAACUAACAUAUCUUUUAUUAAUAUAGGGAGUAGCAAGUAACGCAAGAAAUUUUUAAAUGGAGUAUUUUUGUGUGGCUAUGUACGGCAAGCCAUUCCAUAUCAAAAUGGCAGAAGCCAGACCAUUUCGAGACAUAUCUGGUUAAGGCGGAGCUCCACUUCGCGUUAGUACGAACCAUAUAUUCUGCAAUAAAUGCAAUAUUUUUCUAAAACGUAUAGUGUCAGGUCGUUAUCACGUACGUGCGCGAAGUUUCCACCUUAACCCCCCCAUUUUUUACGAUGUUUACCGUAUUCAUAUAAAUAUAUGUGAAGUGUAAUCAUUUAUUGAAUAUAUAUGGCUGUUGUGUAGAUGGUAUCAUUAUCUAUAUCCAAAAAUCGUUAUAUUCAAUGUUUCCCAAUAUAAUAUUCUAUUAAUGUCAAAAUUGAAUAAAAAUUUAAGCUGACACUUA